AAAGCAACCAGUUCUUUAUGUACCUUCAAGAUCACUGUUUACGUUCAGCUCUGCUGUGUGGCACAUCAAUCCUUCAACAUGUAGGUGGGGUGGAGUUAUGAGGCUUUACCAAAAGUUUUAGAGAUUGAGAUUUAGUCACAAACACUUUUUAAUACUUUUCAUUGGUUAAAUAUUUGUGAAACCCACAGUUAAAUGUAAAGGGUGACCAAUAGCAUUGUUUUAUAAAGAACUUAAAGAAGGAAAAAUGAUCAAAUCUGGAGAUACUAGGUUUCCAUGUGACAGUGACAUUAUACAGAUGGGUGAGAAAUUAAAGGGAAAAUUAACAGUACCUUAAUAAACAGUGUUAAGCCACCAUGUGUUCCCAGGACAGCUUCAAUGUGCCUUGGCAUUGAUUCUAGAAGUCUCUGGAAUUGUACUGCUGGAAUGGCACACUAUUGUUCCAAAAGAUCAUCAUUUGCUGUCUUGAUAAUGAUGAAGACAUCACAUAGACAUAACACAUUGGUCUAAAAUCUCCCAUAGAUGUUCAACUGGGUUGAGAUCAGGUUAGGCCAUGACAUAUCCUUCACAUCAUUAACCAUUCAUUGACCCCUUGUGCCCUAUGGAUGGUGCAUUGUCCGUUUGUAACAGGAUAGAAAUGCUUCAUCAUAGGAAAAAAGGUGAUCAUUCAAAACCACUUCAUAUUGAUGUGCAGUGACCAUUUCCUUUAAGGGGAUAAGUGGACCCAAACCAUGCCAGAAAAAUGCCCUCACCCCUAACUCCUUUCUUAAGGGUGUUCCUUUAAUUUGCCACCUAUCUGUACAACAAUUAUGAAAAACAUGGCUUCAUUUUUAUUCAAUAGAUAUUUAUAAAUUAAUGUGUAAAACUAAAUCCAGUGACUGUCCUAAACAUCUGGGGACCUAAUGCAAAACUUUAUGAAGGUGCCCCUGUCACUGUGCUCAUAUAAUAAUUUUAUUUAUUUAUUUUUACAAAUCGCACAAGAUCUGGUCUGUUAGUCACACCAGUUCAUGUGUGUGUGCAUAAGUUUGUAUGUAUGAGUUGACAGCAAUUUGAUUGACAGCAGUGGUUCUUGAGGCACAGUUGUUCAAAAUAAGGAGAUCUACAAUUUGAUAUAAAGAAUUUGUGUUUGUGGGAAACAUCACAUGAUAUAAAAUCCACACACAAAACAAAAUGUGAUGGUGCCUCCCAGUGACCGUUUGGGUUCAAAUUGAGCACAGACCUCUGGGGUCAAGAGUCAAACCGGUCCACUGAGUUUUGUUACGAUUGGCCUCUCUAAACCUUGUCUAAUCACUGAUUAUAUUAAUCUAUCAUGAAUAGAUUUAUUUAUUAUAAAUAUAGAAAUUUGCCCCGCUGCUUUGUUUACAGGUGCAGAGAGAACCAUGUGUUUGAAAUUCAGCUUGGACCUCGUACACAAAUUGCUGAAGUCUGAUACGCUACAGGAGGAGCUACAGACGAGGGGAGAGAGCUUCACCUCGAAGCUGCAGUAUCAGCGGUCAGCCACAGAGAACGUGUUCAUGACUUUUCAGCUGGACUGCCCCAAGCUGCUGAAGCUCACGGGACUGCCCGGCCGUCUCAUCGUGUCUCUGUUCGAGCACAGCUCAGUGGUGGAGCACGUGAAGAGUCCUGCUGGACAGACCUCCCCUGGUGAGAGUAAAUCUGACCAUGCAGACCCUAAGCACCAAUACUCAAGCAAUCACGCACCAUUUUGAUUGCAACUUGAAUAUUUAUUAAGAUGUACAAUGGCCUCUUUUUUUAAUGGUUAUACUCAUGAAACAGUGUGGACUCAUGAAAGGUUAGGGUUGAUGUACUGAUGUUGCUGGUCAUUUAGAAUCACGAUGUGCCUAAAUGUCAGCAAGCGAGGCACGGUUCUGGAAAGUCUGGAGAAAGUAUGGAAAUUUUUUUCAUGGUGUAGAUCAAGAUGUGAAUAUUUUGCUGUCAAACUCGGAGCACUGAAGCUUUACAUUUCCUUAUUGUCUGUUCAAAUGCAGCCUCCGUAAGUAAUGUAAGAAUCGAAUAAUUGCUCAAGCCAAAAAAAAAGUUUCCUAUUUCAUUGAGAACCAUGCAGCCCUUAGUAGAGCUCGGCUGCGUCCCUUGCAGGAGCGGCUGAGAACUGUCCGAUGUCAUUAUGCAGCACGAGAGUGACCUCUAGAGGAGAAAUAAAAACUCAUUCUUGUUAUUUGAAGUGUUUUUUAAUUCAUUUUGGACAUCUCUAUUUUUAUUUGUUAUUUGGAGUGU